AAAGAUUGAAUUUUGGCAGUAUCGCCAGAGCUUGAGGUAUUUCGCAAUUAAUGAUAACUAAUUGCGUUAGUGCGACUCCGAAAUCCAAACAUGAAGAUUGCACUAUAUUGGAUCUGCUUCAUUAUUCUCACAGCUUACUGUACAGCUUUAAAAUGGCAAAAUUUUGAACACAUCAAGUCUAAGACACCUGCCAAAGACCAGGAGUUAGCAGUGAGAAACCUUAUUUCACGGUUGCUUCCUGGCAGAGCGUCUGAAUUCAGCGUAAUCGUGGACCCAGACCUAAGCACAACUGGCGAUGUUUUUAUGUAUCAAACGGUUGGUGAUGAGUUGGUAUUGAGCGGUACCACAGGUGUGGCUGCUGCCUGGGCAUUUCAUCAUUAUUUAAAAUAUUAUUGCAAAGCGCACAUCUCUUGGAGUGGAAAUCAAUUGAAAACUAUACCAAAACCACUUCCGGUUGUACCCAAGUCAAAAUUCAUAGUUCCUAAUAGAUUCAGAUAUUACCAAAACGUCUGUACAUCCAGUUAUUCAUUCGUUUGGUGGAACUGGACGCGUUGGGAACAGGAAAUAGACUGGAUGGUCAUGAAUGGUAUUAAUUUGCCACUGGCGUUCACAGCGCAAGAGGCAAUCUGGCAAAGAGUGUAUCUUAAACUUGGACUCACCCAGAAAGAAUUAGACGAACAUUUUGGAGGAGCUGCUUUCCUUGCAUGGUCACGUAUGGGCAACGUUGAUGGCUGGGGUGGACCACUACCCAAUCCCUCCUGGUAUCAAGACCAGCUGGCUUUACAAAACCAGAUAUUGAAGCGCAUGCGAAGUUUUGGUAUGACACCUGUUCUACCAGCAUUUGCAGGUCAUAUACCUAAAGCUCUGACGCGGGUCUUCCCUAAUGCAUCUAUAUCCACCUUAAGCCAUUGGGGUCACUUUAGUUCACCGUACGUACCUACGUAUCUCCUGGAUCCUGCAGAUCCACUGUUUCAGAGCAUUGGCAAGGCAUUUAUUGAAGAACAGAUAUCAGAAUACAAUGGCACAGAUCAUGUCUACAAUGGAGACACAUUCAAUGAAAUGCAACCAAAGACAUCGUCUACAAGUUAUCUCGCUCAAGCGAGCAAGGCUGUGUAUGACGCAAUAACAAGUGCUGAUGAAAAAGGCAUUUGGUUAAUGCAAGGAUGGUUAUUCUUCAGCGAUCCUGCGUUUUGGCAACCCGCACAAGUCAAGGCGUAUCUGCAAGGAGUGCCACAGGGGAAAAUGAUCGUAUUGGAUUUGUACGCAGAGAUUUUUCCAGUUUGGGGAGAGACGAAAUCAUUCUAUGGUCAGCCAUUUAUCUGGUGUAUGCUAAACAACUUUGGUGGUAAUAUUGGGAUGCAUGGUACUCUACAGAAUAUCGCCACUGAACCAGUGAAAGCACUCGCUGCUAACAAUACCAUGGUAGGAAUUGGUAUCACUCCAGAAGGGAUUGAGACGAAUUACGUGGUGUAUGAGCUCAUGUUAGAAAUGGGAUGGCGAGAUGAGCAAGUGGAAGCACAGGAAUGGCUCAAAGGUUACGCUACACGACGUUACGGAGCGCAGAAUGACGAUGCAGAUUCCGCGUGGGAGAAUCUGCGGAAGAGUGUUUAUGAAGACAGCCAAGGUGCUGGCAGCCACUGUCGGGCUGUGCCUGUCAAUAAGCCUGACUUUAACCUCAAGCCCGACAUUUGGUACGAGCCAGAUCUUGUAUUAGAAUCCUGGGACAAUAUGGUUGAAGCAGCAAAAGAUCUUAACGAUUCUUCAACAUUCAGGUACGAUCUUGUGGACUUGACAAGACAGGCACUUCAAGUCAUUUCAAUCUCAUAUUACAAAGACCUCAUUGUAUCUUAUCAAGCAAAAAAUCGCGAAAACUUCAAUAAGGCUGCUGAAAACAUAUUGCUGCUGAUAAAUAACAUGGAUCUUGUCCUCAAGACCAACGAAUACUUCCUACUUGGCAGAUGGCUGAAUGCGGCAAAACGGUUGGCAACAACCUCAGCCGGUGAAAAACUACUCGAGUUCAACGCCCGGAACCAAAUCACCACAUGGGGUCCACAUGAAAAUAUCGAGGACUAUGCAAAUAAGAUGUGGAGUGGUUUGUUAAGCAGUCUCUAUCACACUCGCUGGUCCAUCUUUGUUGAUUUCAUGACACAAUCCCUUGAUUCAGGCAAACCGUUUAACAAGACGUCAUAUAACCAAGCCAUACUCACAGCGGAAACACAGUGGAACACUGAUAACAAUAGUUACCCCGAACAUCCCCAAGGGGACACUCUCACAAUCGUCACGAAUCUUUACGAGAAAUAUAGAAAACAUAGCAAGGUUUUCUAAGAAAAAGAACCUUAAGGUGAACUUUUAUGAGAACAGCGGUAAAUCACUAAAUGAUUAUGGGAAAUAUUGUGGCGAUGAGCUAUAGGAAAUGUAAUAGGAAAAUUAAUCCAAUAAAUAUCAAAAUCACUUCGUACGGCGUACACGCUGAAAACACCACAGAU